AUGAAGCUAAACAAUGAGACGGUGUCCAUAGAGCUGAAGAAUGGCACGAUUGUACACGGGACCAUUCUCGGAGUGGACAUCAGUAUGAACACCCACCUUAAAACAGUGAAGCUUACAGUCAAGGGCAAGAACCCAGUCAUGAGCUGUCAGGACGGAUCAGGCAAAUCAGCACACGCCGAAUCCCAGUCUGCUGUGACGACAACUGUCGGCACACGAUUGGCUGGUCCCAUUGGCCAGCCAAGCGAUGCCAGUGUAGGUGGAAUGGCCAGUGCUGCUGCUGCUGCUGCUGCUGCUGCUGCUGCUGCUGCUGCUGCUGCUGCUGCUGGUGGCAAUGAUGCUGGAGCAGAAGCAGCGGCUGACGUGGCGGACAGCUCAAGCGCUGCUUCUGCAGCCGAAGCAGUCGCUGACGUGGCAACCAACUCAAGAGAUGAUACGCCACCUGAAGCAACACCUGAAGCAGCACCUGAAGCAUUACCUGACGUGGCUCUCGAAUCAGGAGCUGAUAUUGCAGCUGUCGUGGCAUAUAAGAAAGCUGCUCAAACGACUCACAAGGCAACACGUGUCAGGGUUCACUCCGACUGCACAGCAGCUGAAGCAGAAGCGGACAGGAGAAGCUUGGUGGCCACUGAUAAGACGACACGUGUCAAUGGUAACAAUGACGUGGCGGCAGAAGCAGAGGCGGACAAGAGGAGCCGCAAGCUGAGGAAGAAGAAGCGUCUGGCCGAUGACAUGGCAGGAGAAGAGUUUUUCUUCCUGCCCAGAAAAGCACCAACCAGACGGCCUAAAAAGACCGUUGCCGAACCACUUCCCGAGCCUGCGACCGAACCUGCUGGUAAACCUGCUUCCGAGCCUGCGACGGAACCUGGUCCCGAACUUGGCAUGGAAGCUGUGGAGGCAAAGCAUGUGCUUCUAUCAGAAUUGGCUACAGCGGCAGGGCAUCUUGGAUCAGGACUUGAUGGGGCAGGGGUUAUGGGAGCAGCAUCAGUAGUGGAUGCACAGUCACAGAAUCAGUCUACUGAAUUGAGGGAGGGGUUGGAUGCGGUGGGGACUGGACGAGGGAGUGGAAUGAGGGAUGAGGAGGGUUUCGUGGAAGGAGACAAGAAGACGGCUCAUGGUGGUGGCAGUGCUGGUGUUGCUCAUGCGGAGAGGAAUUGCUUGUCAGGCGUAGAUGUGGUGGGGGCUGGGAGGGGUGUUGGUGGUUCGGGUGGUGAGGAGGAGGGGUGUGGAGUGGGAGAAGAGAAGACGGUAUGUGCUGGUGUUGGUGUUGGUGUUGGUGUUGCUCUCGUGGAGCAGAAUUGUUUGCCGGGUGUUGAGGGACGAAAAGGGAGCAAGGGGAAGGGGAAGGGGGUGGGGAAAGCGAAGGAGGGAGGGAAGGUUGGAAAGCGUUGUAAAGGGGCUAAAGCAAAGGCAGGAGGCAAGGCAAAAGCAGGAGGAGGGUUAAGCGGGGGAGGACUGGAGAAGGGAGGUGCUAAGCCAAAGGUUAAGUCCAAGUCUGAAAAAACUGCCAAGGCUGCAGGUUCGGCCAAGGCUGCAGGUUCGGCCAAGGCUGCAGUUUCGGCCAAGGCUGCAGGUUCGGCCAAGGCUGCAGGUUCGGCCAAGGCUGUAGGUACAGCCAGGGCUGUAGGUACGGCCAAGGCUCAGGGGAAGCGUGAGGAGGCAGGGGGGCAAGCAGGCGGGGCAGGGAAGAAGGCGAAGGGGGUGGGAGGGAGGAGGAAGGGGAUUGCGGCUGUGAUGCAUGAGGGUGGUGGGAAUGAAGGUUGUGUUUCUGGGUCCGGUUCAGGUGAAGGUGGUUCAGAUGUAGGUGGUCUGGUGGUUGGAGUCCUAACUGCUCCGCCCUCUCCCACCGUUGCACCCACUUCCUCCCCGCCCCUCCCUCCUUCCCCUCACGCACUUCCCCCUCCCCCAUCUCCGCCUCAUCCUCCCCUCCCCACGCCCCCGCCCCUGCCCAAGCCAUGCUUCGACUUCCUUCUCCCCAGCAGCAGCAUAGGGGAUUUGAUUGCAGUUUGGGACUUUUGCUGCCGCUUCUCCCCCGCCCUCCGCCUCUCCCCCUUCUCCCUCUCCUCUCUAGAGCUCUCCCUGGCGUUUGAGGGGGAGGGUGGGGGCGGGGGGAGGCGCGGAAUGGGGGGAGGUGUGGCGGAGAGAGAGGGGGCGAGGAGAUUUGUGAAGGGAGAAGCUGAGGUGUUAGAGUGUGAGCGGGGGGAUGGGCAGGGGGAAGUGCAAGGGGGAGAGCAGGGGGAAGUGCGGGGGGGAGAGCAGGGGGGAAGACAGGGGGAAGAGCAGGGGAAAGAGCAGGGGGGAGAGCAGGGGGAAGAGCUUGGGGGAGAGCAGGGGGGAAGCCAGGGGGAAGAGCAGGGGGGAGAGCAGGGGGGAGAGCAGGGGGUCAAGCAAAGGGAGAAGCAUGGGGAGGAGCAAAGGGAGAAACAGGCGGGAGAGCAGGAGGCAGUGCAAGGGGAGGAGAAAGGGCGACAGAAUGUGGAAGGGCAGGAAACGGGGGGAGGGGAUGGGUGCCAGAAAGAGGAGAGGAGGGAAGAGGAGGAAUUGGAAGAGCAUGCAUUGAAAGAGGGGAUAUUGGAAGACGAAAAAAUGGUUUUGGGGAAAUUGGAAGAGGGAAAGUUGGAAGGGGGAAAGGUUGAAGAGGGAAAGGUGGAAGAAGGGAAAUCGGAAGAGGGGAAAUAUGAAGAGGAGAGAUUGGAAGAGGAGGAAAGAGAGGGGUCGGAAAGAGAAUGGGAUUGGGGGGCAGGGUGGGGGAAGGGGCGAAGGCUGAGAGGCAGGCGGGAUGGAGGAGGGAAGGAAGGCGGUGCGAGUGAGAGCUGGGAGAGGGAAAGAGUGCGGGAAGAAACAGGGAAUGGAAGAGGAAACGGCAGGAGGGGACAAGGCAGAGGAGGGAGUGAGGGAGGGAGUGAGGGAUGGAGUGAGGGAGGGAGAAGGCGUAGAGAGGUUGUGUUGCCUCCGCUGUUGGGGGAGGUGCAUACGGCACUGCUGUGGGCAGCUCUGAGCCAUAAAGGUUUCGAACAGGAGUUCAAGAAACAGCGGCAGGGGAAGAAAGAGGUAGGUGGUGCCGUGGUGGUGUCGCCUCACACGUGGCUGGAGGACGUAUCAGCAUGGGCUAACACCCCUUCAGUGCACUCCAGACUGCAUUCCGAGGCGUCUCAGGACCGCUUUACUGAGUCUAUCAGCCCUGCUUCAAACUAUUCUUUUCCCAUUCUCCCGCCCUUUCAGGUGUCGCCUCACACGUGGCUGGAGGACGUAUCAGCAUGGGCCAACACCCCUUCAUCUUCUGGUGCGGAUCGUUGUGCUGGGAAUGAGCCAUCCACUAGUGGUGAUGGUGGGGCUGCUGCUGCUGCUGCUGCUGCUGCUGCUGGUGGUGGUAGCGCCAGUGCGGGUUGUGCUGAGAAUGAGCCGUCAACUGGUGAUUAUGGGGCUGCUGCUGCUGCUGGUGGUGCUGGUGGUGGUGGUGGUGGUGGUGGUGGUGGUGGUGGUGGUGGUGGUGGUGGUGGUGGUGGUGGUGGUGGUGGUGGUGGUGGUGGUGGUGGUGGUGGUGGUGGUGGUGGUGGUGGUGGUGGUGGUGGUGGUGGUGGUGGUGGUGGUGGUGGUGGUGGUGGUGGUGGUGGUGGUGGUGGUGGUGGUGGUGGUGGUGGUGGUGGUGGUGGUGGUGGUGGUGGUGGUGGUGGUGGUGGUGGUGGUGGUGGUGGUGGUGGUGGUGGUGGUGGUGGUGGUGGUGGUGGUGGUGGUGGUGGUGGUGGUGGUGGUGGUGGUGGUGGUGGUGGUGGUGGUGGUGGUGGUGGUGGUGGUGGUGGUGGUGGUGGUGGUGGUGGUGGUGGUGGUGGUGGUGGUGGUGGUGGUGGUGGUGGUGGUGGUGGUGGUGGUGGUGGUGGUGGUGGUGGUGGUGGUGGUGGUGGUGGUGGUGGUGGUGGUGGUGGUGGUGGUGGUGGUGGUGGUGGUGGUGGUGGUGGUGGUGGUGGUGGUGGUGGUGGUGGUGGUGGUGGUGGUGGUGGUGGUGGUGGUGGUGGUGGUGGUGGUGGUGGUGGUGGUGGUGGUGGUGGUGGUGGUGGUGGUGAUGGUGGUGGUGGUGGUGGUGAUGGUGGUGGUGGUGGUGGUGGUGGUGAUGGUGGUGGUAGCGCCAGUGCGGGUUGUGCUGAGAAUGAGCCGUCAACUGGUGAUGAUGGUGUUGAUGGUGAGGCUGCUGCUACAGAGCUGUCCCCUCCUACAGAGGUUGCCAGAGUUGAUGAUAAUGAAGGGGUCGCAACCUCUGCAGCUGCCACUGAUGCUGCCACAGAUGUGAUUGAUGCUAUUGACGGGGAUGCAACUACUACAACGUUUACAGCUGACACUGCUCCGGCAGCUGCUAUAGACAUUAUAGGCGAAGAUACAAUUGCUUCAGUUAUUACUGAUGCUGCUACUGAGAAUAUGGACGGGGUUACAGCUGCUACAGCUGCCACAGCUGCCACUGAUGCUGCUACAGCUGCUGCGAAUAGUAUUUGUGGGGAUGUAGCCGCUACAGCUGCCACAGAUGCUGAACCCGCUACAGCCAUGGGAGCAGAAUCCUUAUCUCUCCCCUCAUUGGCUGCUGGCAGGGGCAGGAAACGGGGUCUGUCCUGGCCCACCAAUAGCAGGAGGACACGUGGCAGUUACAGAAGACAGUCUGUAGGAGGGCUGUUCGGUGAUGUGAGGGAGGGGGACGGGGAGGAGGGGAGGGAGGAGGAGAGAGAAGAGGGGAGGGAGGAGGAGGGGGAGGAGGCGAGGGAGGAGGGGAGGGAGGAGGGGAGGAAGGAAGGGAGAGAGGAGGGGAAGGAGGAAAGUGGAGGACGGGAAGAAGGAAUGGGGAAGCGGAUCAGGGGAAGGAAAAGAGGAAGGAGUGGAGGAAAAGUUGGUUCGGGAACUGAGGGAGCGAGUGAGGAGGGAGAGAGAGGGAAGGGAGAGGGAGAUGAGGAAGAGAGGCGAGAAUGGGAGCGGCAGUGGGAGGAGAAGGAGAGGAGGUGGAAGCGAGAGGAGGAGGAGGAGGCAGAAGAGAUGCAGCAACUGCAAAAGAAGUGUCGGGACCUGGAUAAAGAGGUCGAGAAGGUGUCGGUUCGAGCAGUGCCGGUGGGGUGCGACCGGGAGGGCAGGCAGUACUGGUGGUUUGGGCGGGAGGCAAGAUUGUUCGUUGAAGGGGAGGUGGGGAGGCGAUGGGGAUACUACAGCAGUGUUGACGAGUUUGAUGCGCUGCUGAGCUCUCUGGACCCUCGCUUUCCAUGUGAAAGGCGCCUGCACGCCUACCUCACCGCACAGCAGGAGAGCAUCAGAUCCGCUCUCCUCUCAGGGGCAAGGGCUCUGGCUCGCCAGCUUGCAGCUGCUGCUGCCUUCUCCUCCUCCCCGCCCCCUUCAGUUCCCACUGCUGGUUCCGCUGCUGCAAACGGUGCUGGUGGUGCUGACAGUGGGGUUAUUGGUGCUUCGGGCAAUCUUAGACGCUCGACACGUGUUCGUGCCAUGUCAUCACCUGCAGCUGGUUCCACGUCAGCAGCAGCCCCGCCCACUUCAGCUGGACUGGCCACAUCAGCAUCAUCAGGGGAGAAGGCAGGGACUGGGCGAAAUGGGUCUGUGGGUGGGGGCUCGAUAUCCCCCUUAAAGAAGGCUUCAAGAUUGUCUAUGGCGCAGCAGCAGAUUCUGUUUCCACCACAGCUACGUUAUACAGCAGCGGUGACAUCUGGAUUCGGCAGCCGGGAGCUGUCUGUGCGAAUCCACCAGACAGCAGCGGUGACAUCUGGAUUCGGCAGCCGGGAGCUGUCUGUGCGAAUCCACCAGACAGCAGCGGUGACAUCUGGAUUCGGCAGCCGGGAGCUGUCUGUGCGAAUCCACCAGACAGCAGCGGUGACAUCUGGAUUCGGCAGUCGGGAGCUGUCUGUGCGAAUCCACCAGACAGCAGCGGUGACAUCUGGAUUCGGCAGCCGGGAGCUGUCUGUGCGAAUCCACCAGACAGCAGCGGUGACAUCUGGAUUCGGCAGCCGGGAGCUGUCUGUGCGAAUCCACAAGACAGCAGCGGUGACAUCUGGAUUCGGCAGCCGGGAGCUGUCUGUGCGAAUCCACCAGACAGCAGCGGUGACAUCUGGAUUCGGCAGCCGGGAGCUGUCUGUGCGAAUCCACCAGACAGCAGCGGUGACAUCUGGAUUCGGCAGCCGGGAGCUGUCUGUGCGAAUCCACCAGACAGCAGCGGUGACAUCUGGAUUCGGCAGCCGGGAGCUGUCUGUGCGAAUCCACCAGACAGCAGCGGUGACAUCUGGAUUCGGCAGUCGGGAGCUGUCUGUGCGAAUCCACCAGACAGCAGCGGUGACAUCUGGAUUCGGCAGCCGGGAGCUGUCUGUGCGAAUCCACCAGACAGCAGCGGUGACAUCUGGAUUCGGCAGCCGGGAGCUGUCUGUGCGAAUCCACAAGACAGCAGCGGUGACAUCUGGAUUCGGCAGCCGGGAGCUGUCUGUGCGAAUCCACCAGACAGCAGCGGUGACAUCUGGAUUCGGCAGCCGGGAGCUGUCUGUGCGAAUCCACCAGACAGCAGCGGUGACAUCUGGAUUCGGCAGCCGGGAGCUGUCUGUGCGAAUCCACCAGACAGCAGCGGUGACAUCUGGAUUCGGCAGCCGGGAGCUGUCUGUGCGAAUCCACCAGACAGCAGCGGUGACAUCUGGAUUCGGCAGCCGGGAGCUGUCUGUGCGAAUCCACCAGACAGCAGCGGUGACAUCUGGAUUCGGCAGCCGGGAGCUGUCUGUGCGAAUCCACCAGACAGCAGCGGUGACAUCUGGAUUCGGCAGCCGGGAGCUGUCUGCGAAUCCACCAGACAGCAGCGGUGACAUCUGGAUUCGGCAGCCGGGAGCU